UUGCACCCUACGCUGCCGACAGCUAGACAGUACACUGUACCACCUCGCACAAAGAACAACGUCAAUCAGGGUCAAUCCAGGCGUCUCGAAACCUCAGUGAGCCGGACGAGGUGUGCUGCGAACAGAGCUCUGACCACUGCCCCCCCUCUGGCUCCCAGUACCCUGCAACUUUAAUUGGCUGGUCUAGGCCUCAACGGGUACGCAGUGCAUCAUCUGCAUAGUGCACCAAUGUCGCAGCUUUCCCUCCAGUGUAGUCAGAACCCGCCCAACGCCCAGAUGUCAAUGUCUCCGGCUGCCGCACCAACCCAGGACAGCCCGACAAUAGGCAAAGGAGCCCACGUGAAUCCCCAAGAACUCUACACACCCGCUCAAACCCAAGUCUUAUCACAAGCUACUGCUACGGUUACUGCUGACACUAGCAAGGCCGUUGACGUGUCUGCCCCAGCAGCAGCGCCGCCGCGGCCACUGUCCAUAUCGACGACUAGCGCGAGAUCACCACGGAAAUUUACAACUAGUCCACUGCACAUCAGCACUGCAAUAUCUCCGCCAACGAGCGCAGGCCUAACCCCUAGCGACUUCCCCCAGGGGACUUACGACACGUCAGUAUCCCGGAUAACAGACGGUGCUCUUCGUAAUCCUCCAUCGCCCGACGAUAACUUCAAGCGCCCUCUCGUCCCAGGAACUUACCGCCAGAAGAGCCCUUCUCCGCCCAUCACGCCAGCAGAGAAAAUACCCGGAACGAGCCUUGCCCCUCCUCCUCCGAAUGACACCAGAAGUGUUUCCGACCCAAUUGUGAGCAACCAGCCUCCAGCAGGCUUGCCGGCCAUGGCAGGCGGAUCGAGCACCUCGAGAGUCGAGGCGACCGAGGGAACACCGAGAACGGCAUCAAUCGACUCCACCAAUUCCAACUCCUCGUCCAAGCACUCGCCAGAUACGCUUGCUGGACCGCAGGAAGUGGCCAAUUUGGUAAAGGCCGCAGGAAGCCCCGAGGCUGUCAUUCAGUAUCUGCUGAAAGAGAAGCAAUCGCAAUCACAGCAGAAUGCGCAGCUAUGGCGACUAGUCGACAAGCAAAGGGCGAUGAUCUUGGGCCUCAACAAGGAUCUGGAGCGGGCUCUCAAGGACAAGGAGAAGUACCGCAAGAAGAUGAAGGAAGUCAUGUCUGCCCACGACGAUCGCUCCAAACAUGAUAUUAUGCUGUCGAUGCAGUCAACGGCUACCAUCGUCCCGCACGUGGACGUUAAUGUUCCCAAGGAACUGACCGUCGACGUGCCCGCGUCACCGUCCAACCCCGACUCGGACAGCAUCAAACAGUCGCCCAUCGACAUGUCGAUGGCACCCUAUCCUAUUACGCCACCUGCGGAUCAUAUGACGAAUAGCAUGCCUUCUGCGAUGGGUGAGCUGUUGGACCCGACUCACGCCAUGCCCAAGCCGCAGGAACAUGCGUUGGGAAAUUUCGACCACGAGGAAGAGGAUCGCGCUGCCGAAGAAGCCAAGAUGGCCGCUAGUGUUCCGAAGGACCUUCUUCUCGAUAUUAGCAUACCUCCUUCGCGAAGUCUUCCGAGUGAGCCCCCACGCAUGGCGCCUCCGAGCACGGCGCCUCCGAAGCCGCCAUUGUCGCCGACAAUGGAGAACCUCGCACAAUUUCCGCCACCAUCUGCUCCUCCGCCGCGAAAGCCCCCACCAGCUCCGCUGCAGCUGAAGAAGGACGCAAAUGUCGCCGCAACCGUUUCGCCCGAGGAUGAGAAUGACUCGGACUCGGACUUCGACUCUCUGUUGGAAGUAGAUGAAAUGCCACUAACGGAGCGACGGGGGCGAAGACGAACGCGAGAAGAAGACGACGAAAAGAGAGAGAUUCUAGCAUUACAAGAAGCCGAGAUGCGCAGCUUGUCCAAAAAGAGCAAAAAAAGCAGCCAGAAAGAAACGCCACCGAAGGAAACGGAAUUCUCCUUCACCCAAGUUGAAUUCCCGUCUAGCUCACAACCUAAUGCAGCUCCAUCUUCGUCGAUGGCACGCGACAACAUCCCGUCACUUGCUGGUGUGCUCAGCGGACAGACCCUGCAGAUCACCGCCGUUCCCGCGCCCAUGCUGAGCCCUGGAUUGCCGGCCAGCCCACGUCCGAUGGGUAUGGGAUCUGUCACUUCACCUCCCCACUCGCCCCGAGCAAUGGGCAUGCCCGCUGCUCCAUUGUCACCGCGCGCACCACGACAGCCCAUCCCGUUACCUCCAAACACUCCCUUGUCUAGCUCUAGCCCUCCACUGGCAGAGCCUCGCGGGUUGUCCUCCCCGAAACCACUCAACAUUGUCAAGCAACCGACAGAAGCAGAUCAGCCAAGCCCGCCGGCAAGUCGUGACAGCCCGGUUGAGCGGACCAGGGUUUUCAAGGGAUUCAUCACCGACGAAUUUCCGGAUCUUUUGUUGCCGCCCAAUGCUCUGCCGUCAAUCGAUGUCAAAGUUGCGUCGUCUCGCAUGAGGCCUUCGAGAGCUAGUCUGAUCUCGCUCACGCAAUUGGAAGAAGACCCCGUCUUCACUCUAGCCAUCUACUCCCGAGCACAAGGUGGAGAGCUCUGGAGGGUCGAAAAGGACUCGGCGUCCCUUGGUAAGCUCGACCAAAGGCUCAAACAAUGCGCUGCAUUCACUGCCAAGACCCCCGAUCGGGCUCUGUUCAGCGGCCAUGCCCCCGCGAAGCUAGACGCUCGUCGUGUCGCCCUGAACUAUUAUCUUGACGAGCUACUUAAUACCCCAUUAGACAUAGCAACAGCCUUGGAACUGUGCCGAUACCUUUCGACGAACACAUUACCGCCUAAUUCCGACGACACUGGAACCGCUGUGAAUAAAGGUGUGGAAACCGCCACCCAAAAGACCGGUCCUGGAGGACGGCCAUUUAGGAGUGGUUAUCUCACCAAGAGGGGCAAGAACUUUGGCGGCUGGAAGGCGCGAUUUUUCGUUCUCGAUGGUCCCCACUUGAGAUACUACGAGACGCCCGGUGGAGCGCAUCUGGGUACCAUCAAGCUGCAGAAUGCCCAAAUUGGGAAGCAAUCGCAGCAGGCGGGUGAUGACUCUCCUGCGAGGGGAUCCAACGACGAACUCGAUAACCAAUAUCGACACGCCUUCUUGGUCUUGGAACCCAAGAAAAAGGACUCUUCCAGUCACGUGAAGCAUGUGCUAUGCGCCGAAAGCGACUCGGAGCGCGACCUUUGGGUUGACGCGCUGCUUCGAUGGAUUGAUUACAAGGAACCCGGAGACGAGGAAUCACCGGCCAGCGUCGCACAUGACCGCCAAAGCUCUGUUGGCUCGUCACAUGCGAACGGUGCGAACCCGAAGAGAAAGAAUCACACACAAGGCCAGGGGAAAUCGCAUAUUGCUCGUGCGAGCAGUCAAGAAGGCUUGAUCGGAAUCAACUAUGAAGGCACAAAGCAAGGCGAUCUGCCUGACAGUGUGCCGUCCCGACGCAAAUAUUCCGGCACCCCUGAGCCCGCGCCAGAACGGCUUCCUCCUUCGUACACGAUUUCUGCCCCGCGAGAUCCCCAGGUUAUCUCGGAUGGAUCGUCUUGGGGCGCUAGAGCGGGGUUGGCGCCCCCCGGGCCUUCCAUUGAAGAGAAGAAGCAGCGGAAACGCAGCUUCUUCGGGUUUGGCCCCAAGACUCGGCCUACCGCCGACGACCACGACGCUCUUUUCGGUGGAUCGGCGGCCGUGGCGCCACCAAGUAACGAAUAUCGGGGACCCAUUCGUCAAGUGUUUGGCGCGCCAUUGGCUGACGCCGUCAGAUUCAAUGGCCCCAUGGAUGUGAACGUGCCACUACCGGCCGUCGUCUUCCGUUGCAUUCAAUAUUUGGACGCGAAGAAUGCCAUCCGGGAGGAGGGUAUAUUCCGUCUCAGCGGUUCCAACGUUGUCAUCAAACAACUGCGCGAAAGAUUUAACCUCGAGGGCGAUGUCAACAUUGUCACCGAUGAGACUUAUUACGACAUACAUGCUGUUGCCUCGCUUUUGAAGCUAUAUCUUCGAGAGCUCCCUACCAGCAUACUUACGCGGGAUCUCCACCCGCAGUUUCAACAUAUCACGGAGAUGUCCAGCCAUUCGGAAAAGAUUUCAGCAUUGGGCGAGCUCGUACAGCUCCUUCCUCAGGCCAACGGUACACUGCUACGGUAUUUAAUUGCUUUCCUCAUCAAGAUUAUCAACCACGCGGACACAAACAAGAUGACUGUCAGAAACGUUGGCAUCGUAUUCUCUCCAACGCUCAACAUACCUGCCCCAGUCUUUGCCCUGCUCUUGCAGAACUACGAAGGCGUAUUUGGGAUCGAGCCUGAAGAGUACGAACUCCCCUCACCCGUUUCUGACGCGGACUCGAGAGCCCCUACCGAUCAAUCUCGUCGCCCAUCCACUUCGAAUGCAGCGGGCUCGCCUCACAGACAACGCCUCAUGGAACAACAGCAACGCUCAACUCCCACACCCCCUCCCGCUCUAAUGAAUGCUGGAGGGCGUGCUCCUUCCGCGGCCCGUCAACUGGGUUACGAGCCGCAGUAUUAUGGUCAGCUAGGCAAUGGCUCGCAGACAUCACUCCGUCCGGCAUAUGAAAGCUACGACAUACCAGGACAAGCCAGACCUAACCCUGGCUAUGACCGACCCCUCUACGAACAAAAUUACACCGACGGCUCUGCUGCCUCCUACGACCAGCCCUACAACAAGGCUUCACGAAGAGAGAGCACCAUGAUGUUCAUGAGCAAUGGAACGAACCUGAAUCAUCAGAGCUCCAAAAAUCGGCUGAGGGAUUAGUCCCACAUGUAGUGACUUCGUCGCAUCUACAAACACGUCUUUCCGAGCGAUUACAUAUAUAUGCAUAUGUGCAUGGUUGUACUCAUUUGUCGUGUCAUUUGCACUGAAGAUACCAUUCUAUCGUUAUUGGGUUU